UUGAAAAUCAGUCUGUUCCUUUCAAAUAGGUUUUUUUUUCUUCUUCUUCUUUCUCUGUAUUGCGAAAUCAACGUCAUACGAAGACGUUGAGAUUCAGCGCAAAUAACAAAUAUAGAAGAUUGUGCAAAAUUACCUGAUUUUGGCAGAACUUGCAGGAAUUUCUGUAGUUCUAUAUUAACAAACAAACAAACAAAAAACAAUGAAUUUACAACUGACUAUUUUGAGUUGCGUGUUGCUGAUUGUACACGUUUUGGAAUUCGUUAGCAGCAAACGAGUUCGACACAAGGAGUGGGAACUUCGAUUAAUAGGGGGUUUAGGGGACCACGAGGGGACUGUUUUGGUGUUCCACAGACACAGGUGGGGCAGUAUCUGUGACGAGGAUUGGGACGUCAACGAUGCCUCCGUUGUCUGUAAGCAGCUUGGAUACCCAGGGGCCGAGGAAGCCGUGCACGGGAGCAAGUUUGGGCGGGGACGAAGACGAAUGUGGAUGUCCGCCCUGCAGUGCACUGGUAACGAGGAUCAAAUCCAGGACUGUACGUACGUCGGCAAAAGUCAGAUACAUCGUAAAUGUCGGCGCCCACGUCGAUCAGCCGGCGUUAUCUGCCAGAAAAAGCUGGCCACAUCCAAUUCCGUCUCGACGUCCGCCUCAAUAAACAACAGAAUGUCCACAACGAUGGAUAAAACCACGUCAACACUGAUGGACAAGAGUAGCUCUGAAUCUACAUUAUCUUCUUCUUCAUCAUCACCAUCAUCGUCAUCGUCAUCGUCGUCUGUGAAAGCCAGUCAGGGAAUUAAUGAUGCAGACGUACCCUCCAAUACGGCGUCUGUGCCAGCUACAGAGAACACGUCUGAGGAAGAUACGUCAGCAGCAACUACAACAACGUCAAAAUCAAGUACGGAAAAGACGCUGAAAGAGGAGAGAAAAAUAAAGUCAGUAGUAAACCUGGUGACCAGUUCCGCCGACGCUCAUAAGUAUGAAAUUUUACAAGCAGACGAUCCAUCAUUGUCGAACAGAAAGAAACUCGAUAUUCGUAUGGCAGGAGGGAGAUACCCAUGGGAGGGUCGACUAGAGGUGCGAGAGGGGUCGACUGGAGAGUGGGGCGUCAUCUGCAGCGAGGACUGGACGUUACGGGAGACAAUGGUGGCGUGUCGGCAAAUGAGGGGAGAUUAUGGCAAACAGGCUCUUAAGGCAAACUACUUCGGAGGUGAAAAUCUGAACAAAAUAUUCAAGCGAAUAAAAUGUACGGGGCGAGAGGCUAGACUUGACGAGUGUGAGUUAAUCCGCUCGGAAAACGGCGUCCGCUGUUCUAGGAGGAUCCUCGUGGCUGGGGUCGUCUGCACUGGAGAGCUUCCGGAUUUGGCACCAGAUCUGCAGCGCUUGCAGGAGUCUCUGUUGCUGAACGAUCGCCAUCUAUACUACCUGACCUGCUCCAUGGAGGAAAACUGCCUCGCCUCCUCGGCCUACGUCAUCAGAAAUACCAGCAGAGCAUGGCGCUCAGAAACCAGACGACUUCUCAAGUUUUCUACAGUUGUCCACAACAUCGGAACCGCCGACUUCCGUCCAUUUCGGUCGAAAUCACAAUGGGAGUGGCACAGCUGUCACCAGCACUAUCACAGUAUGGAAGUGUUCGCUCACUACGAUAUAAUUGACGUUAACGGAAAUAGGUUGGCCGAGGGAAACAAGGCGAGUUUCUGCCUGGAGGACACGACGUGCAGACUAGGGACUACUCCUAUAUACAACUGCAAAGGAUUUAGAGACCAAGGUCUGUCGGUGAAUUGUUCAGACGACUAUUUGAAUGACAUUGAUUGCCAAUGGAUUGACAUUACCGACAUCAAGCCUGGGCAAUACACAUUCAAGAUGGAAAUAAACCCAUCGCUGUUGGUGGCAGAACUCACCUUCGACAACAACGUGGCGGUGUGCGAUCUAUGGUACUCGGGGUACAACGCCCAGAUGAGCAACUGUAGGUACGAGAGCCUGUUACCGGACACGGUGCCUUGACGUUGUGGACACGUAUCCAGUAACAUUGUAUUUUAAUGGUUGAAAUUUCGUCUAGACGUCGACGAGUGCAAUCGAGUGCAAUGUAGUGCGAACUGUUUAUUAGCGAUGUGUGUUAGGAUUUUUAUUUACUAUUAUCCAGCGACCAUUGUCAUAUGUCUUAGUUUCAAAUCUGAUAAUUGUAUCGAGGUAUAACUGGGUGUCUACAAAUGAAAUUGACAAGGAGCUUGGUUAGAGUCAUCAAGUAUCAUCUAAUAAAUUCGGGUUAGAUUAUGCUUCUAGAAAUAAAAUUUCUAUCCAGUGACGUGACGUUGUUUAGACCGCUACGGAAGGCUUAUUAUUUCAUGAGAUUUAUCUCCGAUUUCACAGGAUACUAUUUAAAUCGGUAUAUACUAAAGAGAAAAAAAAAAAAAGUAUACAAAUAAGAAAAUAUAUUUUUAUAUAGUGUACAUUAUCUCUUUAUAACAACUCUGAGCGCAUACGUCUCGCUACAGCAAAUAUUGCACUGCAAUCUGUGUGGGAAUGCUGUUGGUGACGUCACGGGCUCACGGGAAUGGCAAAUGCAUGAUUUCCACAUGUUGGUAAUGUUUUCCUGCGGACAUGAUCCCAUUUUAUCUUCCAAUUUUUUUUUUUUUUUUAAACAAGUAACAUCCAUAACGUUCCUUUUGACCAUGCCACGCUUGACCCCAAAUGUUUGUCAGAGAGCAUCUGGAAUGCUUGACGCAAGAAGCAUCAGUUUCAGUGAGGUUGCCAGACGGGGUUUUUUGGUGUGACAAGAGUGACUGAACACAGACUUAUCAAUUGAUUAAAAGUCACUGUAUCUACCAGAAACUGUCCUCGUAGCGAUAGGCUUGAAUUACGUCGACUCCGUAGGAUCGUUAUAUCCGAACCACAACCCUCUAAAAACAUGUUUCAACCAGCACCAGUAUUGCCGAUCAGUUUCACAUCAGUCCUCAAACUGUAGGAUGUAAGAAGCCGAUUCAGAGUAGACAGUAUUCUGGCACGAUGAUCAUUUGGAUCCUGCUUGGAGUUUAUAGACGUUUAAUUAGAACCACUCGAUUGAACGAGUCGUACCCUGUGUUGUCGUCUAGUCAAUAUACUAGUUAGUAUAUGACAACACAUGGUAUGACUCGUUCCGUCGAGUGGUACUAACUAAACACCCAUAAACUCCAACUAUUGCCCCGAACGCCCGUGUUCAGUGAGGUGAACCAUUCUGAAACAACAGAGGACUGGGAAUUUGGUGCUGGGGGGGGGGGGGGGGGGGGGGGGGGGUAUUACUCUUGAUAAUCCCCCCAUGUAACAUUUAAUUACAAAAAUCUACUUCAGAAUAGUGCAUUCAUCUUUUCUUAAAAUGCAUCCAUGCAGUUUGCCUGGUUUAUGCAAUACAAUGAGUGUCAUAUCAUGUAUACUUUCUUUCUUUCGUUCUUUUCUUUUUCUUAGUUCACUGGUACUACCUUAGUUACAAGUUAAAUUGGAUUUUUCAUGAAACCCCUCCUCCAUCAAAGUAUUCUAAACAUUUAUACUAAUGACAUAUGGCUAAUGUUUGACGUUAAAUGAUAGAUUGGGUUAGUCGUUUGUCUUAGUAUGUAAAUAUAUGUUACGUGAUGUUGCGUGAAUCUGUGUUUGCUGUACAGGAUCAGGACAAAUGUCCAAGGUGAUCCUUCAUAUAUAUGCUUAGGGACGGGUGGGGGGAGGGGCUAUUCUAUUAGCAUGCCCAUGUACACUGAAGUUUCAGGCACUAUGUGCCUAAGUUUGAUAUCCAUUGUAAUACGUAAACUGAUUUAAAGAACAGGAUGGGGGGUUUCAAUUGUCAAAUAAAACAUAUGCUCCUACACAGCAACCCCAGAGAUCAUUAGACCAUAAUCAUUCUAGGUCGAGAUAAAUUCAUGAUGUGUUAUUUUGGCACUGAGGUUGUUGCUAGUGGACUUCCAAGACAAUUUUAAAAUGUCUUAGGGUAGAUAUUUGAAUGCUGUUCGUAACAUGAUGCAUCAUACAAUGAAUAACUUGAUACUUGCAAAAUGUUAUAAAAACAAAUCACGACAUAAUUAUAACAUGACCUCUGAAUUAAGGGAAAAGGGGUCUUGGGGUAAAGCCAUGGUUUUGUUAGCAUGUGCCUCAGAGUACUGUUUUCUAAUGUGUUAAAACACUGGGUAUUUCACCGUUAGUGACAGAACACGUUUAGUUUGUUUAUGUCAUGAUGUACUGUCACAAAUUAUGUGAAAAUGUUAAGAGUACGCCUGCUAGUAGUACAACUUGCUUGAUUAGAAAGAAAUUGGCUUUACACUUGAUUUACUGUUUUCUCUACUGUAAUAAAUAUGUUUUUAAA